AAAAUGGCAGCCAUAUCUGUUGGAAUUUCAGCGCUAUUUCUCCUUGUCCUUUUGCAAAUAAGCUCAACAUCGAAAACGCCAAAAAAGUUCCUAUUCAGCGACAAAACACCGUACCAUUACAGCCGAAAAACCAUCCAAAAACCACCUAAUUGUGACCCAGUUCACAUUAGUAUGGUGAUACGACACGGAUCUCGUUAUCCCGGAAAACUACAAGUCAAAAAGAUGAAAUCUUUGUUGAAAAAGUUAAACACACUCUACCCACCCAACUCAACUUUUCGAUACAAGGGCCUUUCACUGCCUUGGACUAUACCAAAAGACGUACUUGACUCCGAAAGUAAAGAAAUGUCUAGAUUAGGUUCGCAGGAGAUGUACUCGAUUGCUCAGCGCUUCCUUGCUCAUUUUCCUKGCGUCUUGAGGCAUGGGUAUUCCAACACGAACUACGGUUUUGUUGCUACCGACAAGCUGAGGUCGAGUCAAAGUGCUACCGCUUUUGCGCAAGGGCUUUUUGAUGGAAAAGGACAUCUUGGUUCCUCCAAAUACCAACCAAUAGCCGUGAAAUCGUCGGGGGAAUACAACAACGACUAUACCUUAAGAAUAUUCGAGUCUUGUCCCAAAUGGCAGCGAAUCACUAGAAAGGAGCGCGCACGCUCAGAGCAUUCAAAAUUCAUAAAUGGCCCAGAAAUGCGAAAGGUUAUACGUAAAAUUUCUAAAAGAUUGAAACUAGGCAAGAAAUUCCUUCUUCGCCCAAAGAUGGUCGUGGAUAUCUUCCUCAUGUGUGCCUUCGGGGUGCAAGCCGACAGUGCCGAUGGGAGCUGGUGURAGAUUUUUGAAGAGAGCGACCUAAAGGUACUGGAAUAUCUUCAAGAUUUGAAGCUCUACUGGGACCGCAGCUACGGUCGAAAGAUAAACUUCAAGAUGGGCUGUGCGCUAUAUACUGAGAUUAUAAAUAGCUUUCAAAGAUUUAUCCAGAAAGGGAAACCACACGGUGUUUUUCGAUUUGCUCAUACUGGGACUGUGAUUCCACUUUUCACUAUGCUUGGAUUAUACAACGAUACUGUACCUCCCCGUGCGGAUAAUUUUGUAAGGCAAAAGAACCGGAAGUUUCGUAUAUCUAACGUCGUUCCAAUGGGGGCUAAUGUAGCCUUUGUUCUGUAUACAUGCAAAGGGAAAGCCACGAACAGAAGUAGUAAUGCUAACAGUUGCCAAGAUCAUUGUCAAGGCAAGAAGCCCUUGGUUGUAUCUGACCUAAAGAUCCAGUUGCUAGUCAAUGAGGCCGCUGUACCUAUCCCUGCUUGUCAUGGGCGCACAUUCUGUGGGCUACAGCGAUUUUUGUCUCACUACGCUCACAUCAAAGAUAACUGUAAMAUUCAGAAGAUAUGUCGAACGAGGCUAAAGUGUAGGAAAGGAUUCAUUAAUAAGGGUCCUGCAGAUUAGUAUCCUCGUAGCUGUAUUAGUUUCCGUCACGCAACACACUCCUUGGGCCGGCUUUCGUAUAUUUCCGGUUAGGAACAUCAGUAGAAUUUACAGCAUC